AUGUCACAAUGGAAACCAAGAUACUAUGAUAUUGGAGUCAAUUUUUCAGAUUCAAUGUUUCAAGGUUAUUAUAAUGGCUCUCAAAAUCAAAAACAUCCAUGUGAUGUUGAAGCUGUUAUAGACAGAGCACAUUUAUUUAAUGUUAAAAAAAUGUUAAUUACUGCAUCAACUAUAAAAGAAAGUAGCGAUCAUUUUAAACUUUGUGAAUUAUAUUCAAAUCAAUUUUAUUCAACUGCUGGUGUUCAUCCUUGUUCUGUUGCUAAUGAAUUUUACGAAAAUGAAACAACCCCUUUGAAAAAUGUUGACAUGAAGUUGGAAGAAUUAACUGAAAUUGUAAGAGAAGGGUAUAAGUUAAAUCAUAUAAAGGCAUUUGGAGAAAUUGGGUUAGAUUAUGAUAGAUUGCAUUACUCUACAAAAGAUCAACAAAUUACAAUGUUCAAAAAGCAGCUAGAUAUCUUAAAAAAUUUAGAUUUUAAACUUCCAUUAUUUUUACACAUGAGAGCUGCAUGUGAUGAUUUUGUAGAAAUUAUAAAACCAUAUAUUGAUGAAGGUAUUAUCCCCGAAGGAUUUGGAGUAGUUCAUUCUUUUACAGGUACAGAACAAGAACUCCAAAAGAUACUAGAUCUUGGGUUUUACAUAGGUAUAAAUGGCUGUUCACUAAAGACAGAAGAAAAUCUUCAAGUUGCAUCUAAAAUCCCAAUUGAUAAACUAAUGAUAGAAACAGACUCUCCAUGGUGUGAGAUUAGAAAAAGUCAUGCUAGUUAUAAAUACAUUACUCCUUACCCAAAUACUUUUUACCCAGAAAUUGAAUCAUCGCCGCAGAAAAAUUUGGAGAAAUCAACUUUUAAACUAGAUGAUAAAUUACCAUUCCCAUCAAUUAAAAAAGAGAAUUAUCAAAAACAUUCAAUUUAUGUUAAUGAAAAUGCCACAGAAGACAGUGAGUUGAGAUUUGGAAUACUAAGUAAACCAAUGAUUAAAUCAAGAAAUGAACCUGCUGAAGUUGGACAAGUGGCUGAAGUUUUAUGUAAAUUACAUAACAUAACUGAACCAAAAGAAAUAGAGAAAUUUAUAGACACAGUAUUUGAGAAUUCAUUAAAAUUAUUUAAUUAA